ACCAAACAUUCAUUGAAUUUAAUGGGAGCUACUGGGAAAUCCACUGUGGCAUAGGCUAAUUUAUCGUGCGCUGGAAGUUGCAUGAAAACGGAUUUUCUAUGAGUACAGUGACAUUUUGUAAGUGGAAUGGAUUGGAUUUGUUUUCGGGAAGGUGCACGACUAUACCUGUUCGCGGCAACUUUGCCGUUUUUUCUUGAAGAGUGGAGCAAAGGGGAAACUUUAAUGUGUCGUUACACUGCUCCAUAAGAAUGGCGAUGACAAAGGCGAACUUAAGCUGUCUGGAUAGUUUAUCCCAGGGAAACAACUGUCUCACCGCCAGGAGCACGUCUCCCGGGGUCGCGGCCACCCUCGCCGGCGUGUUGAUCUUCACCACCGUGGCUGAUAUCGUUGGAAAUCUGCUGGUCAUCUUGUCCGUCUACAGGAACAAGAAACUGAGGAAUGCAGGUAACAUCUUUGUGGUGAGUCUUUCUGUGGCUGACCUGGUGGUGGCGCUAUACCCCUACCCGUUAGCUCUGAUCGCCAUCUUUCACAAUGACUGGACGAUGGGCUCCCUGCACUGCCAGCUGAGUGGCUUUAUAAUGGGUCUGAGUGUGAUCGGCUCAGUCUUCAACAUCACAGCUAUCGCCAUCAACCGCUACUGCUACAUCUGCCACAGUCUUCGCUACGACCGACUGUAUUCACGCCGAAACACCUGCCUGUACCUGCUGCUCACCUGGAUGCUCACUGCUUUAGCCACCGUCCCGAACUUCCUCGUAGGAUCCUUAAAAUAUGACCCGCGGGUUUUCUCCUGCACCUUCACCCAGACAGCGAGCUCUUCUUAUACAGUCUGUGUUGUUCUGAUCCACUUCCUUGUCCCGUUGGGUGUGGUUUCUUUCUGCUAUCUGCGCAUCUGGACGUUGGUGAUCAGGGUUAAAGGACGCGUGCGGCCCAAUCCAAAAGUCAGAGCGGCUGAUUUGAGGAAUUUCCUGACAAUGUUUGUGGUGUUUGUGCUAUUCGCCGUGUGCUGGGCACCUCUAAACUUCAUUGGACUAGCGGUGGCCAUUAACCCCGCAAAAGUGGCGCCCAAUAUCCCGGAGUGGUUGUUCGUUACCAGCUACUUCAUGGCGUAUUUCAACAGUUGUCUGAAUGCUGUGGUUUACGGAUUACUCAAUCAGAACUUCAGACAAGAGUACAAACUAAUUCUUCGUGCUCUUUGCACACCGAGAGCGCUGUUUACAGACAGUUCCAGGUAUAACACUGAAGCCAUUAAGAGUAAACAGUCGCCAGCGGGAACGAAUAACAAUGUGAAAGAAGCCAAUGCGUAUAAAGGCGGAGUGACACACACUCUAUUCUAG